AUGGCGUCUACUUUGGCACUUGAGGUUGAGAGAGAUGAGCGUGAAGGUACAUAUGGAGUUGUUUAUAAAGCUAGAGAUAAAAAGACAGGAGAAAUUGUUGUGCUAAAGAGGUUAAAAAUAUCAAAAAAAGAAGAAGAAGAAGGGUUUCCUUUAACAUUUCUAAGGGAAAUAAACAUUCUUCGCACUUGUCAUCACCCUUCAAUUGUACAUGUUAAAGAAGUCGUCGUAGGGAUCAAACUCGACAAAGUUUUUAUUGUGAUGGAAUAUUUGGAACACGACUUGAAAGUAUUAAUAGAAAAGAUGAAACGUCGAUUGACUCAGAGGGAAGUCAAAUGUCUUAUGCUCCAGCUCUUGGAAGGUGUCAGGUACCUACAUGAUAAUUGGGUGAUUCAUCGUGACCUAAAGACUUCAAAUUUACUUAUAAAUAACAAAGGUGAGUUGAAAAUUGGUGAUUUUGGCUUGGCACGACGUACUCAAAGUCGUCAUCUUUUGAAACCUUAUACUCAUAACGUUGUUACUUUGUGGUAUAGGUCGCCAGAACUUUUAAUGGGUAUGAAACGAUACUCAACUGCAAUCGAUAUGUGGUCAGUAGGUUGUAUCAUGGCCGAAUUACUAACCAAUAGACCGAUUUUCGAUGGGAAAUCGGAAAUUGAUCAAAUUCACAAGAUUUUUGAAAUUCUUGGAACCCCAGAUGAGAAAAUAUGGCUAGAAUUUACAGAACUUCCUGGAAUAAACAAGUUUAAAUUUGUAAACAAAAAGCAUAAUUAUUUAUUAAGAAAGAAAUUUCCUUCAAUAUCCUUCACAAAUACUGUAUUGUCUAAUUCUGGCAUUGAUCUUUUGAACAAAUUUCUUACUUAUGAUCCAAAUAAAAGGAUUACUGCUGAAGCUGCUUUAAGCCAUGCCUGGUUUCGCGAAUAAUAUUAUAUGAUGAAUUUAGUUUAUCGAGGACAUGAUCUUAGAAAGAAGUUGCGAAGUUCAGAUAUGGAUUAGGUUAGUAGGUGGCGGUACUACGUUGUGUUGUUGUUCAUCAUAUGAUUAAUAGUCGUACUAUUGCUUUUGUAAUUUCUUGUCCUUCAAUUUCUAUUACUAUAUGUUGGUUUUUGUAUAUAACUUGAUUAUUGUAUUAUAUUGUUUUGUUGUAGUUUUUGUUCUUUUACUAUCUCUGCUACGUAUUUUUUGUUGCUU